GCCCAUCUGCUCUUUGGAGGGAACUCAACAUUACAGUUUUGAUUAUGCCCAGCAAAUACAUUAUCCACAUUAUGCGCAACAGGUUGGUCCUUUGUUCUUCAAAACCCCACGGAAAUGCCAGUGUUUUUGAAUCUGUUCAGAGGGUUCAGGAUCACAGAUAUUUUACUUGAUUGAUGAGUCGCAGCAUUCUGGAAAGGGGGCAAACUCUGUUCCCAGUAUGAUUCACCACCAUUUUCAACAUAAAGGUUAUGGAGAAAAGAAUUUACAACUCCAUAUGGACAACUGCACUGGUCAAAAUAAAAACAACACAGUUAUUGGAUAUGGGAUGUGGCGAGUUAUGACUGGCAGACAUAUGACCAUUGAGUUUUCUCUGAUGGAGGCAGGCCACACAAAGUUUCAUCCUGACUGGCACUUUUGGCUCUGGAAGGUGAAAUGGCGAGGAACAACUGCAGAGAAUCUCGAGGAAGUGGCCAAAUCUGUUGCUCAUUCAUCUAGGAAUAACCAUAAUAUUCCCCAGCUUGUAGAGGAUCCCCAGUAUCCAGUUAUUUUCUAUGACUGGAGCACGUUUCUCAAGCAGUACUUCAAGACAAUACCUCAACUCAAGCAGUAUCAUCAUUUUCGAAUGACACAUGAACAUCCUGGAGUAGUGCAUCUACGAAAGUAUGCUACAGAUGAAGAAAUAACUGUCAACAUCCUGAAACACAAAGAUUUCAAGUUUCCAAAUAUGGAUGCUUCUCUCCCAACUGUCAUUAAACCAUGUGGCCUUGACGCACAGCGACAAUGGUAUUUAUAUGACGAGGUACCACCAUACUGUGCCAGUCAUGAGGCAUGUCCCCGCCCAUGUGUACCAAAACCAUCAGCCAUAAAAGUUGAACAGAAAGUGAAAUUAGGAAAGAGAAAAUGUGCAAAUUGACAUCGUAACAAAUCAGUGUAAUUUUCGUGCUGCCAUGGAUAAUAAGAAUUUGAUUUUAUCAAGUUUUUAAAACUCUUAUAUUCUGUUGUACUGAUUUG